GGCGCAGUAGCUCAACAUCAUGGCGCAAGCAUCGUUUCACCCUCUCGAUCAAGAUCUACAAAGACUGAGAAGACGUGGCAGAACGACAAGAAGACAUCGCAGAAGGAGCAAAAACAGGACUGAAGAGAGCAGGGAAGAAGAUGCUGGAAUCAAUGAUCUAGCCUUACAACUACAAGAUUCACAUUAUCUUUCGCAAGCGGCAAGACGUGCUCAGGUGAAAGUUUUUGUAGAGCACACCUUAAGCACUGGUGUGGUUGGCCUGAUUGCCGAGUUCAAAGCAAUGAAACGUGGUAAUGACUUCAGUCGAAUGAGAGAGUUCGUAGCCCAGAUUCCUCAAGGAAGGAACAGAUAUAAGGAUGUGGGAUGUCUUGACUUUCAACGAGUAAUGCUUCAUCUUGGUCCGGUUUCAUACAUUCACGCUAACUAUGUAUCAACACCUGUAAAUUCCAAGCGAUUUAUUUGCACUCAAGCACCUUUGCCUAAUACAUGUGCUGAUUUUUGGUAUAUGGUUGUACAAGAGAAAUCUAUCGCUAUAAUAAUGCUGUGCAACUUUGUUGAACAGGGAUCAAGGAAAUCUGCUGAUUAUGUGCCGCUGUCAUUUGACAACAAAACUUAUAAUUUUGAUGGAGUUAUAGUGACACUCAAAAAGCAAGAAUAUUUCCAAUUUCCAAUAGAAACGCGCGUACACAUACGCGUAAGUUUUUUGGAGGUGAGAGUUCCCGGUUUGUCACCACACUACUGUAUUCACUACCAUUGGCAAGAUUGGCCCGAUCGAGGUGUACCAGAUGCGGAUUUGGCCUCAAUAUAUCUUCUGACAAAAAUUCAAACCACAACAGCUCCAAUCAUCAUUCAUUGUUCGGCUGGAGUAGGAAGGACGGGUUCGAUAGUGCUUCUUCAAAAUUCUUUAGAAUUGCUGCAAUCCCAGCAACCGCUUAGAGAUAUAGCAAGUGACUUGCUUGCUUUGCGCAAACAGAGAAACAAUUCGGUCCAGACACAGCAUCAAUAUCUCUACGUUCACCAAGUGCUCCUAAACUAUUUGCAGAAAAUGAAAUACUUGGACGAUAGCAUUAAUCCGUAUCUUGAGAAAUUCACAGCAGAUUACGAAGCUGCAACAAAAGGCUUUUGACGACAUUGUGACUACCAUCAAUCAUCUCAUUGAUAAUCGUAUAGAAUGUUAUCCCAACAGUAAACGCCCAAGCAUAUGUUUGCGCUACAGGUAUUAAUGGUG